GUGAAGCAGAGGCACUCAGACAGAGGAAAAAGAAAAAAGGAAUCGAGACUCUGAGAGGUCCGAAGGCGCGGUCCUGAGUCGACGAGCGCAAAGCCAAAAAGCCCGUCAUUUCGCGAGCUGUGCACGGAUUUAUGUUUCUUUAAAAAUCUGCUGCAGCAGAAUCAGCGGGAGCAAGGAUCAGUCCCAGCGGAUUCAAGAGUCGACUCUUUCGAACGGGAGACGAGGACCGACAUCACCGUCGUCGUCAUCCGCAGCAGCGGCCAUGAUGCAUGCCCGGAAGAGGAUGGGACGGGGAGGAGGAGCAUGGUGCGGAGAGCUCGCAGCGCAUUCGCCAGAGGGCGAAGGGAGGGUGAAGGCUGCGAGAAGGGGGAGCAGCAGGAAGAAGCAGCUUUCGCACCAGGCGCAUCAGAAUGGAUGGUCCGGCGAGAGACAGAGCCUGGUGGCGGACUCGAGCAGAGGCAAUGCGGACCUCUGCAAGCGAGUCAUGGUGGUGGUCGAUGCGUCUCAGGAGUCCAAGCUGGCCCUCAAAUGGGCGCUUUCUCACGUCGUGCAGCCCAUGGACGUCUUGACUCUGCUCCAUGUCCAACCGCCUCCGUAUCUUCGACUCUCCUACUCGUCGCACGGCAGCUUUUUUAACGCCAAGGCCGUGGAGGAGGUCAGGAGGAAGAACGAGGUCGCUGGCUGGGAGCUCGCAAACCAAUUCAAAACUUUGGUGGCCACAUGCAGACCUGACGUGGAAGUGGAGAUUCUUGUAGUGGAAGGAGACAAGGGUCCUACUAUCGUUGCGCAAGCGAAGAAGCUUGAAGUGUCUAUCCUCGUAAUAGGGCAGCGGAAGCCAUCCGUCCUCUGGAGGUUGCUGAAGAAAAAGAAGGACAGCUUGGCCGAGUACUGCAUAAACAACUCGGACUGCUUGACACUGGCCGUGAGGAAGAAGAGCAGGCGGCUGGGAGGGUACCUGAUCAACAGCCAGUGGCAGAAGAACUUCUGGCUACUGGCCUGAAUAUGGGCCAUCAUCAUCGACAAGCGCGAACCGGCUUCGGUUCAGAAUUUUAGUUCGCAUUAGACCUUAAAAGCUUUUACUAUAAAGUUCUCCACACACUUGAGCCCCUCUUGGAAUGCCUGUACAUUACCCCAUUGAAGAAGCCCUGGCAGACAAGUUUUGAGCAGUCCACCGUUCUGCCCCUUCCAUUGUAACUUUGUAGCAAUAGUUUCUAGGAGUAGUGGAGGUAGAGGUAGUAGUACAAUCCACCCCAUUGCUCGACCGCAAUGCAAGCAGGCAAAGCUCAGUAGUCAUCGAUCAGCAGCUCUCAAGCUGACGAUGGUGCAUCACCCCGUCCCACCUCCCCAGUGGUGGCAGGCCGAUGAAGUUAGGCGUAUGAGACCGACCCCGAGACAGUUGAUGUGGAUCCCGUAGAGAUGGCUUAGAAAGCUUAUCUUCCUGCUCUUCACAUUCCAAGUAUGGUGGCUGGAGACCCACCCAGAGUGUGCCAUGACCCAACUCCCUUGUUACCAGAUACGUUUCCCCGCGAGUCAUAUCUCGUUUAGGUUCUCAAGAUAAGGGCAACUUCAGGGAGAGAUCAUUGUCACUCCUCUUUGUACAUUAUAUACAUCAAAACCGUUCAAACUGACUACGCCC